AUGCUCUCAAAGAAAUUUCUUCUUCUAUUAGUGCUAAAUCUUCUUUCAAUUGCUGCUUUACAUGUUAAUGCUGCAGGUAGUCAAGCUUUUUGCAUUCACACACUUUCGGAUGGAAGAACAAUUGACUUGAAUAGAGCAACCAAAUCAUCAGCCGAUUAUUUCCUCUACGAUAAGGAUACCAAUUAUUACUUUUAUAUGAAUAUUUGCAAGGAUGCACUCAAGAGUUGUGAUGGACAAAGUUACGGAGGAGUUGCCUAUACGAAAGAUCCAGGAGCUGAGAGUGAAUUUUGUGCAACCUACAUGAGUGGAUCAACCAGUGAACAGAAUUAUCAAAUUUCACUUAUAAACUCACAGAAACCUGAAUUGGGAGUUGUUUUAGUUGUGAGAGGAGGUGAAAAAGUCCUCACAAGAACACAACAAAUGAAAAUUACAAUGAAUUGUGCAAAGAGUGUUGGAGAUUUGAAAUUUGUUCAGGAAAACUUUGUGGACUCGAAUAUUGUUUUUGAAUUUUCAUUGGAUACUCCAGCUGCUUGCAUUGUAACUGAUGAUAAUAAUUUGGGAGGAUUGGGAUAUUUGGGUUUAGCUCUCUUGUUGAUAAUUAUUAUCAUGAUUCUCUAUUUUGCAAUUGGAUACAUUGUAAAUUGUCUUGCUUUGAAUAAGGAAGGUGGUUGGUCCUAUACUCAACUUCCUCAAUUCAAAUAUUGGAAAUUACUAUUCCAAUUGGCUUGGGAAGGAUGUUUAUUUAUCAAGGAAGGAAUUCAAAGUUUAAUUUUCAAAUUUAUUUUGAGAAGAGCAAUUUAUGAUCAAAUAUAA